AUGGAUUCAAUAAAGAACUUUGCCAAUUCAUUUGUAAACAGAGACCAAAAGAAUAAUACAGAAGGAAAAGUUGUUCCAUUGGAAGACAAAGACAAAGAACCGUUAUCUAUUAAACGUCCCUUGGUUAGUAUGGCUGAUGAUCUCUAGAUGGUGGCGAGUAAAGGACUCUAAAAGAUAAUUUAAUAAGUGGACAAUGCAAAGUCUGAUGUAAAAUAAGGUUUCUCUUAAUUGGAUGAUAAAUUAAAGAUGAUGUUGAAGUAGUAUACACAGUAAAUUAAUGUCUGGGCAAGAUCAAAAGUGAUAUCAUCGGUAAUCAUCGUGAUUGAGAAAUUUCGACCUACUGUCAAAGAAGGACUCAAAGAUCCUGAUAUGUGUUAGUGCGUGAAGAAUUUGGUUGAUGACACUGUUGAUGCAACUUGGCCAGAAAUAGUUGAUGAAGUCAAAUAUCAAUUAAUGUUGUAAAUGGCCGAUCCUUAUAUAGAAAUAGAGGAGAAAAAGCAAUCGAUCAUUUGUUUAUACCCCUUUGUUUGGAUUCGCAAUUGGUAUCUCUAUGCAAAUUAUCCAUUUGACAGGAGCUCAUGGAAAUAGUAUAAGACUAUAUCAUAUUGGUUUUGGUAUUUGGUCUCGGCAAUUCCAUUUUAUGGUGUUUCAGAAUACUUCUAUGUUUUUGAUUUCUUGAUGAUUGAUAAGGGUGAUGAAUACUAGUUGGCUAGUUUUAUUUUAAGUUUCAAAACGAUGUUUUUUAUUACUUAAGGAGUAAUGAAAGCAUUAAUCGGAUAUUUCAUGCUCUACGCUUGCACAACUAUGAAUUAUAUUGGUAGUACUUAAUAAGAAGAUUGCACAAGGAAGGGACCAGGAGCUAGCAUUGAAGUCUUUUCGGAAGUUGUUGGAUAGAUUGCUUAAGUAGUUCUUAUUUGGGUCGCCUUUUUCCUUUUGGGAUGUUCUAAAUAAAAAGGAAAACCUAUUUUUUAAUAUGAUGACACUCCCCCAGUUAAGGAGGGAUGCUUUGAAAGAGGUGCUCGUCUAAGGUACUUCAUGUUUUGGGACCUCUUUGCAUUGGGAGGCAGCAUCGGACUUUUUUGGUUAGUGUAUAUGACAUAGGACACUAGGCCUAAUUUUGAUAACUCAGGAGAUUUCAUUUACUUUACUGAAAUUUGUUAUGGAAUGUUGAGUUUUCCAUUUUUAAUCUUUAAUGUGCCUUUUAUAAAUGGAAGAUUGACUAGGGCCAAAGAAACUGCAUAUGAUAGAAAAGGUAACUGCGUCCCAGCUAUCGAUGGAUUAAGAAAAACCGUUAAGCCUAAAUAAGAGGAGGAUGUAAAUCUUUUGCUGAAUACUUUGACAAUUGAUGUAGGAGAAGUGUUUGAUGGUUGA